UCCUAUCCGCCAACGCGAGCGCGGACAUUUGCCCAUCUGGGUCAUCGAAAACGAUCUCUUCUAAGCUAACCCAUUUCCCUAUUUUCUCUCAUCUCUCUCUCUGAAAUGGGUGUUUUUUCUUCCCCUUCUAUAAGCCAUUAUCCAAUGGCUCGUCCCUGCAAUCUUGGCUCCCUUUCCCGUCAUGGGUUCUCUUCUCUUUCCCUUAAACCUCCUGCUUUCUCUACUGGAGGUAAGAAAUUUCAUGGGUUUGGCCUUAUAAGAGCCUCUGUUGCUGUGGAGCAGCAGGCAGAGAAGACCAAGGUCGCUCUCGUCAGAAUUGGCACCAGGGGAAGCCCAUUAGCACUUGCCCAGGCUCACGAGACGAGAGAAAAACUCAUGGCUAUCCAUCCCGAGCUAGCCGAAGAUGGUGCCAUUCAGAUCGUUAUAAUCAAAACAACUGGUGACAAAAUACUCUCUCAGCCACUUGCAGACAUUGGUGGGAAAGGACUAUUUACUAAAGAGAUCGAUGAUGCACUUAUUAAUGGUGACAUAGACAUUGCUGUUCACUCGAUGAAAGAUGUACCGACGUACUUACCCGAAAAAACAAUCCUCCCAUGUAAUCUACCAAGGGAAGAUGUCCGUGAUGCAUUCAUUUCUUUAAGUGUCGGGUCACUCGCUGAGCUUCCAGCUGGAAGUGUCAUUGGUACAGCUUCACUCAGAAGAAAGUCUCAGCUUCUGAAUAGAUAUCCAUCCCUCAAUGUGCUCGAGAAUUUUCGGGGCAAUGUCCAAACAAGGUUGAGAAAGCUGAAUGAAGGAGUGGUCCAAGCAACACUACUGGCUCUAGCUGGACUUCGACGUUUAAAUAUGACAGAAACCGUUACUUCAAUCCUUUCAAUUGACGAAAUGCUUCCAGCUGUUGCUCAGGGAGCAAUUGGGAUUGCCUGUCGAAGUGACGACGACAAAAUGGCCAAUUACUUAGCCUCAUUGAACCAUGAGGAAACAAGACUGGCUGUUGUUUGUGAGAGAGCAUUUCUCGAGACUCUCGAUGGCUCUUGCCGAACUCCGAUUGCGGGAUAUGCUUCGAGAGACGAAGAUGGCAAUUGUAUAUUUAAAGGGUUGGUGGCUUCCCCAGACGGAACCCGAGUUCUUGAAACUUCUCGACGAGGUCCAUACGCCAUCGACGAUAUGAUUGCAAUGGGAAAGGAUGCUGGCAAGGAGCUACUCUCUCGAGCGGGUCCCGGUUUUUUUGAUAGCUAGUUAGUUUAACUUAGAAUGUAGGAUAAAAGAUCAAGGCUUCGUAUCCAAAUCUUCAAGUGAGUAGGAGUUUAUAUUCAUUCAUCCUUUGAGAUGAAGCUUGUUGUACUUCAACGAUGAUUUUGUUUCCACUCCGUUUUCUUAAUUGGUUGUGUAAAUUUGAACAGAAAUCAUUUAGACUAUUUUGGGUGCCCCAAACAAUCAAUACAAUUUCCCCCUUUCUCUGUAAUAAGAUC